CACAACAUGGUAUAAACGAUCGAGCAACAGAUGUUAAUGGAUCCAAAGAUUUGUAUGAGCAAGCUUCAACACCAAAAAAUCAAAAAUCUCUAAUUUUAUAUGAAGGUUGUGAACAUGCUAUGUUACGAGACCCUGUUGCUGCAGAAAAGGUCUUUAGAGAUUCUAUUAAAUGGUUUAUUCAUAUGGAUGAAAAGUUAA